AUGGUGCUGUUCUCCGCCGCCGCGAUCACUGCCUCGACAGCAGCCGCCGUCCGAUCCGCAAGAGCCGCUGUGUCCACGAAGAGCGGACCCGGACAGUGGGUGGAUAUAGAGAAUGUGGCGGACCCAUACGUGCAGGAUCUCGGCAAAUGGGCUGUGAUGGAGCACAACUCACAGACUGGGGGGGAUUUGCAGUUUGGUAAGGUCGUCGGAGGCAAGCAACAGGUUGUCGCGGGCAUGAACUACAAGCUCGAGAUCGAAACAAAGGGCGGCCCCUCCCGUUAUUACGAAGCGGGUCUGUUUGUUUCACUGCCCCCUGAGAAGCGUACGCUUAACUCCUUCGAGCCCAGCGCUUAA